AGCAGCCAGCGUUUUCGGAGCUUCUCCCUGGUUCUCUCUCUCCAGAAGGUUCUGCCGGUUCCCCUAGCUCAGGGUACCCGGCUCUGCAUCGCGCCGCCAUGAUGGGCCAUCGUCCCGUGCUCGUGCUCAGCCAGAACACAAAGCGUGAAUCUGGAAGGAAAGUUCAGUCUGGAAACAUCAAUGCCGCCAAGACUAUUGCAGAUAUCAUCCGAACAUGUUUGGGACCCAAGUCCAUGAUGAAGAUGCUUUUGGACCCAAUGGGAGGCAUUGUGAUGACCAAUGAUGGCAAUGCCAUUCUUCGAGAGAUUCAAGUUCAGCAUCCAGCAGCCAAGUCUAUGAUUGAAAUUAGCCGGACCCAGGAUGAAGAGGUUGGAGAUGGGACAACAUCAGUAAUCAUUCUUGCAGGGGAAAUGCUGUCGGUGGCUGAGCACUUCCUAGAGCAGCAGAUGCACCCGACAGUGGUGAUCAGUGCUUACCGGAAGGCUUUGGAUGAUAUGAUCAGCACCCUUAAGAAAAUCAGUACUCCUGUCGACAUCAAUGACCGUGACAUGAUGCUGAACAUCAUCAACAGCUCCAUCACCACCAAAGCCAUCAGUCGGUGGGCCAGCUUGGCUUGCAACAUAGCCCUGGAUGCGGUCAAAACUGUCCAGUGUGAGGAGAACGGGCGGAAGGAGAUUGACAUCAAGAAAUACGCUAGAGUGGAGAAGAUACCGGGGGGCAUCAUUGAAGAUUCCUGUGUCUUACGCGGAGUCAUGAUUAACAAGGAUGUGACACAUCCUCGCAUGCGGCGCUUUAUCAAGAACCCCCGCAUCGUGCUGCUGGACUCCUCCCUGGAGUACAAGAAGGGAGAAAGCCAGACUGACAUCGAGAUCACACGAGAGGAAGACUUCUCCCGAAUCCUCCAAAUGGAAGAGGAAUACAUCCAGCAGCUCUGUGAGGACAUCAUCCAGCUGAAGCCCGACGUUGUCAUCACGGAAAAGGGCAUCUCAGAUCUAGCGCAGCACUACCUCAUGCGGGCCAAUAUUACAGCCAUUCGCAGAGUCCGGAAGACAGAUAACAAUCGCAUCGCCAGAGCUUGUGGGGCCCGGAUAGCCAGCAGACCAGAGGAACUGAGAGAAGAUGACGUCGGGACAGGAGCAGGCCUCCUGGAAAUCAAGAAAAUUGGAGAUGAGUACUUCACGUUCAUCACUGAGUGCAAAGACCCCAAGGCCUGCACCAUUCUCCUCCGGGGAGCCAGCAAAGAGAUCCUCUCGGAAGUGGAGCGAAACCUCCAGGAUGCUAUGCAAGUGUGUCGCAAUGUCCUCUUGGACCCUCAGCUGGUGCCAGGAGGAGGCGCCUCUGAGAUGGCCGUGGCCCAUGCACUGACAGAAAAGUCCAAGGCCAUGACUGGUGUGGAGCAGUGGCCAUACAGGGCUGUUGCCCAGGCCUUAGAGGUCAUCCCUCGGACCCUCAUCCAGAACUGUGGGGCCAGCACCAUCCGUCUGCUCACCUCCCUUCGGGCCAAGCACACCCAGGAGAACUGUGAGACUUGGGGUGUGAAUGGGGAGACCGGUACUUUGGUGGACAUGAAAGAGCUGGGCAUCUGGGAACCGCUGGCAGUGAAGCUACAAACAUACAAGACGGCAGUGGAGACGGCAGUCCUGCUGCUGCGGAUUGAUGACAUCGUCUCAGGCCACAAGAAGAAGGGCGAUGACCAGAACCGGCAAGGAGGGGCUCCUGAUGCUGGCCAGGAGUGAGUGCUGGGCAAGCCGACUCAACACGCAGCCUGCACCGCCUCCUCCGUCCCUGAGCCAGAGGCCAAGGCCACUGUGGACGUCUUUGUUUGGAAGGGGAUCGGGUUGGGGGCAGCCCCCAGUCCCUUCUGUCCUGGCUCAGUUUGCAAAAGGCACUGACACAUAAUUCUCCAUUGUCAGCUUCCCAUUUAGUUUGCUUCCGAUGAUUAAAUCUAAGUCAUUUGA